CUGCCCCCCUCUCUCACCCUCUCUCUGUCGCUCUCUUUCUAUCCCCCUCCCUUCCUCUCUUCUCUUCUGGCAUCCCCCAUCCCCCAUCGCUUUAUGUGCUUCCAUACAGCCUGAAAAAUCAACCGGAGGAGGAAACCUUCACACUCGCGGAGAAUAGACUGACCCUCAGCAACCCAGAAGAUCGCUCUAAACCGGGAUCACAGACUGGAUCAAGGAGACCUAUUUCAACUCUCGCAUACCGAUUUGCAUAUCCAUUCUUCCUACCUCCUUCAUUUGCCUUUCCUUCACUGAGAAUGGCAAGCGGGCAUUCCACUGACAAAUUCAGUUUUCUGUACCCAACAGACACCAGUCAGAACGUUAAGAGUAAGAACAGGCUGUCUUCCACCAUGAACCCGGUGUACAGCCCAGUGCAACCGGGAACCCCGUACGGAAACCCGAAGAAUAUGGCAUACACAGGCUAUCCCGGAGGUUAUCCUACGACUGCCCCAACCUACACAGCCAACCUUUAUCAGACAGGUAGCCCAGGAUACCCACCAGUGCUGCUGGUGAAGCAGGCCUGGCCCCAGACGGCAUCAGCUCCGGGGCCCGGAGAAGGCUCCUAUGACCUGGCCGUGGACGCUGGCUCAGAGAGCAGGCAGUACCAGGCCUCAUCUACAGCAUUCAGAUACACUGCAGGAACGCCUUAUAAAGUCCCCCCUAAUCAGACCAAUGGAGCCCCUCCUCCCUAUUCCCCGUCCCCUAACCCCUACCAGACGGCCAUGUACCCUAUUAGAAGUGCCUAUCCCCAGCAGAACCUCUAUGCUCAGGGUGCUUAUUACACGCAGCCAGUGUACGCCGCCCAGCCUCAUGUAAUUCACCACACCACCGUGGUCCAGCCCAACAGCAUCCCCUCCGCCAUCUACCCCGCUCCUGUACCUGCGCCCCGCUCCAACGGCAUGGCCAUGGGCAUGGUGGCCGGAACAACGAUGGCCAUGUCUGCCGGAACCUUGCUGACCACCCCUCAGCACACUCAGAUCGGAGGACACCCCGUCACCGUGCCAACGUACCGACCCCAAGGAACACCUGGAUACAGCUAUGUGCCACCUCACUGGUAGAGCCCACCUGCCAAUCAUAUCUGGAGUCAAACAUUGUAUGCAACUACUCAAGUCUUACAUCGGCACUCUGUGCUCAACAAGGAGGUGCCACGUCUGUUUGCAAGAACAAAAGAGAAAAAAGUGCAAGGGUCACUUUAUGCAUUCUUACGUGUUUUUGUAAAAGCUGCUUUUUUAUCUUUUUAUUUAAUUUUAAUUUUUUUUUCUUUUUUUUCUCAUUUUUUGGGAUGACGUUCUUGCAUUAGGUUAUUUUAAUUCUUAAUUGUUCCAUAGUUACUUCUGUCAGAACUCCAGAAUGAUUUCAACCAAUCAUGCCUCUUCAAACGAUUUGUCUUCGUGUUCAGUAUAAACGCUGGUGUGUAGGAAUGUACCAACGCAAUAUCAGCAACUCUUCGGAUCAUAAUCAUUCAAUUAUGCUGCCAAAUUUUAUAACCUUUAGAUAUUAGCACAGGGUUCAUUUUUUUUUGUUUUGUUUUUUUAUUAUUAUUUAUUUACAGCUGCGUUUCAUUUCAGCUUUCUCCAUUCUCUCACAGAACGCUCUGGAAUCAUUGAUUUUUUUAUUUUUUUUUUAAAGGAAAAUUUAAUUUCAUCUGAUUCAAUUCUCCCUCAUUUCAUUUUAUCAUCGAUAACAAGGGUGUCUUCCAGCUUGUAGCUGUUCAUGUAGAUUUGUAAGGAAUAUAUCAUUAGUAGGGCAGUGCAAACGUGGUUUAACCUUCAUUAGGAUAACGAGUACAUACAGUAAUCUUAGUUAUUCACUAAAUAGAGAACGUUUGAGUGAGCUGGUUACUUUAUUAGCUUAUGUGUCAGGAUAGCGUAAGCUUCUAAACUAUAACGUGUAUAUUCGAUUUAUAUAAGCGUGCGCGCAUGGGUGCUCUCACAGGGAACGCAGCGGCACGCGAGCAUGCGCUCACGUGCGAACCCAUUCGCGGAGAAUAUUGAGGGAAAAAAAAAACUAUCAGUGGCACUUAGCUGGAGCCUCUGGGUGCGAUGUCAUCCCGGUGGCAUUGUGCUUGACUCGUGUGCCAACUUUGAGGCCAGACAGGACGGACGCUACUCUGACAGAACAAUUAGAACCGCAUCCAGGAUUCAAAGGGACUUCAUCGCAUCUAAAAUAGCACUGAAAGCAAAAAAAAAAAAUCGAAUAAAUAAAUAAAUGAAAAAAGGAAGGGAAGGCGUUCCGGCAUUAAUCUCCAAUCAGCUCCGAGUGGGUCUAACCCCUGGUCCUCUGUGAAUUCUUGGGCCUUUAGGCCUGUAGUUGCACAGAUUUUAGGCAUAGAAACGGAGUUGUUCAAUGCAAUAAUAAGAACGGCCUGCUUGAAUGGCUUUUAAUUGUAAUUUACAGCAUUUUUAGAGAGAGAGAGAGAGAGAGAGAGAAUUUUGAUUUCCUAUCCCAAGGCCUCGUCUGUAUCCAUGAAUAGUGUACUCAGAAGUGACAUAUCAAGUAUUCUAUGAAAUGUUAUCAUACUGAAGCAUUGCACAUUGACAAAUAGACAUAACUUAAUAACCAAUUAUACGGUACACUCUCAUAUUUAAUGAUGUAGUUAAGGAAAUCAAGCAUUUACUCUGCAAACCGUUAGUCUUGGUAAUGUCUCUGGAAGUAAUAUUAUUGUCAGUACAGAACAAUAUCACUCUCUUUUUUGUUAUUUGUUUGGCUGAUCAACCACUAUUUCGAUAUAUAGUACACUCAAAGUGGGAAGAACUGAUUCUCUGAUCUUAUGUGAAAGUAAUAACGUCUAGUAAUGCAUGUGUCAUGCGGGUGAAUGCAGUAUAGUGUAAUCGGAUGGAAACUAUGCCUUUGCAAAGCAUGGUUGCAUCAUGUUGAAUCACAGCUUAUGGAUUGCUUUUAAUUAUACAUUUACUUUACAGCACAUUCCCUUCGGUGUUUUAAGUAAAGGGAGAGAGAGAGAGAGAGUGAGGGCGCAGAGUGUCUGAAUCCCCAAAACAUAGGAGAAAAAAAAUGUCAUAAAUAAAAUGAAGCCAAUUUUUUGAUUUUUAUUGUUAUUAUUGUUUUUACUUGGUACAAAAUCAACCAAGACAGCUAAAUAAAUAUGAUCAUGAUUCAUAAAUUAUAUAGCAGGAUUUCAAGAGGAAAAUAAUAAUAAAAAUAGGCUUCAUUUUCUUUACGCAAAACAAGUUCUUUUACGAAUUAUGUGAGAUUCAUCUAAAAAUGACUGUAACUUCAUUGCAUUAUAUACUACAGUAUAAUCAUUUGCCUUUAAUAAGAACGAAUCAUGUUUGGCUAAAGCAAGGGAAGAGGCCUUUGCUAUAUGUAAUAUUUGUUGGCAUGAUGUCAUCAAUAAGUAAUGCAAAUUAUCCGAAUGGAUUAUUGGAUGAAUUCACAGCACAUUCGCAUGCUAUGUUUCUCUGUAGCUGUUUUGAUGACAUAUGAUGUCAUUUUCACGCCCUCUCUGCCCUACUCUUUCCUUUUUUUUCCAGCUGAUCUUAUACAGUAUUAUAUCACUAUAUUUUCUUUGUCUUUUCAUAAGUUUGCAUCACAAGACUUGAUCGAUGCAACUGUAGUCGACAUAUUAAACAUUGACCGAUCCGUCAGACCUCUGAACUCUAGGACUAGAGUGACCUUUUACACUGCAGAUGAAAAAAGGGUCCAUUUAGAAUGAGAGGACGUUACCAUCCACUCUGACAUGUAAUGUAGGCGCUUUUUACGUAAGUGUUAUUUAAAGUUUUAAUUAAGGAUUGAUGUUCAUUUUUCUUAAAUAGAAGAUCUUUAUAGUUGAUCUGGAGUGGAGUGAUGCAGUCCAUGUGGUUGAGAGGCAUUUCAGAGCACAAGUCUUUAAAGGGUUUCCUCUUCGUCUACAUGCCUUCUCCUAAUCUAUCUUUUUCUUCUUCUUCUUGCAAUGACAGGAGGGGACAGAGUUCAGCAAUCUGCUGCUACACUCCUAAAAAUCUAGGUUCUUUAUUGGCAUAUAGUUUCAUGAAAAACCUUUAACAUCUAUGGAAGCUUUCCAUUGUACAAAAGAUUCUUUACAGUGGGAAAAAAAAUUGUUCUGGCACCUUUAUUUUUGAGAGUGUAUGAUCAAAAUGGUGGCAAAUUCUUUGUGAAAAUUGGAUAACAGCAAAGCUGUCUUAGUUACUGGGAUUUAAAACAUUUUACUGGGUCAUGUGGAAUUUAAAGGGCUAGAUCAUCCAAAAAGGAAAGCUGUGUGAACAUUCUGCAACAAACAAAUAAAAAAAUAACAGAACGUUUAUUUUUGGGUGAUUUAUUCCUUUAAUCCUGAACAGAAACGUUUUUCCCCCCAAUAUGAGUACUCAGAUAUUUUCCCACUCACCAUGCAUUAUAGAUUUUGAUGUAUUUCUCCCAUUUUAAAAUCUGUUUUCUGUGUGAAUUCAGGUGUUUUUUUUUUUUCUGAAUCAGUCGUAAACAGAGUCAUUUUCACUCGGCGUGACGUGGACUAGGCUUCUAUUUUCUGUUUGUUUGUUUUUUUGUUUUUUUUUGUUUUUUUCAGUUUCGAGCGUAUUGAGAACAUGUGAUGUCGAUAUUGCAAACCCAUGCACUCUUCUGUUCUUUGAUUUCAGGGCAUCGAUCAAAGGAUUGUUAACUAGCGCCCGUGAUGCAUGCAACGGGUUAUUAGCUCUAGUGAAGUCAGUGUCACGUCACCAGUAUGUAAAGGUAUUUCUAAAGUAAUUGUGGCACUGGUUUCACACUCUUGCUGAAAACCUGUGAUAUGUACCAUAGGCUUUGACGCAAACAUACAAGAGGUUGCUAUAUUUCACGCUACUGUUUAGGAAAUUGGCUAUUAACGUUUGACCCAUAUAGAGAAUAAGACUUUGUUGUUUGCAUUCUAAAUGUAAAGCAAAAAGGGGAAAGUCUUCCAGAAUUGAUCUCCCUUUGUUAAAGAGUCCUUGCCCCCAUAGUAUGCAUUACGCACGACAGCACGGUUCUGGCACCAUCGAGGUUCUGGCAGGUCCGAGCGCGUUUUCGCCAGUGCCGUCCAGGCCGUGCUGUAUACCGUUUGAGCAAGGAGACCCGCAUCAGGCUUGUGAAAUGAAGUGUAAAACUGUUUUUAAUAUUUUGGGUUUUUUUUUUUUUAUUAUUGUUUUGUUUUUGUUUUUGAAGAUCAGUUAGUGAUCUCUGUGACAUAAUUAAGCCAAGUUUGUAAUUGUAUAAUAUUUACUGUAAGAUGUAGAACAUUCAAUAACUAUUAAAAUCUUUCCAAAAAUC